GGUGCGUGCUCUACCACACCGAGGGUCCCGUCAUGCUGGCGCACCACGUCGCGAGCAUCGUGGGCAUCCUGCUGGCUCUGCUCAUGGGGGUGUCCGGCUGCGAGACCUGCGGGGUCAUCUUCGGCAGCGAGAUCACCAACCCCCUGCUGCAGACCCGCUGGUUCCUCCGGCAGCUGGGCCUGUACGACAGCCUGCUGGGCGACGCCGUGGACCUGCUUUUUAUCGUACUGUUCGCCACCGUGCGCGUCGGGGUCGGCACGGUCAUGUUUUACUGCGAGCUCACGUCUCCCAGGACCACGCUGAUAAUGAAGCUCGGCGGCGUGGCCAUGUACGGACUAGCCUGGGUGUUCAUGGUGGACAUAGCCCGGUUUGGCUACAAGAAGAGUCGAGCCAAGUAUAAAAGGUGGCGAGAGAAUCACAAGCUCAACCAAGUUAGCGCACAAAAACUGGAGUGACUGAAGGACUUCAGCUCAAAGUUACGAUCUGUGGUGCCGUCGCUCACGUCUCAAACUGGAGGAAUAAAUCAAAGAACAUUUAGUUGCAAAAGUCUUUUUAAAUAAGACUUUCAGAAUCCAUCAAACAAUGUAUACCAGUCAUAAUGAAGAAAAGUGUACGAGGGCGUGCGAGGCUACACAACACUUCUUAUUAGCAAACAACAGAAUAAGUAACAUCUGUAUUAAUAACUUAGACGUGAUGACAGGUGACGCAAUGAAGAAGGACGUGCAUGUACGAUAACGGAGAAAGUUACGCAAAAAGUAUCAAAACUCAAAAUGUUCGAACGGUCCGAUAUACUUACACGUACCGAUGCUGUGAAAAGAGUCUCUUUGGCGCCCCCUGUGGUGAUCAGCUGUAACUACACGUGUUGUUUUUGGAUCUCACAUACCAGAAAACUGCGCUUGUGAUUUUUCUCCUGAACUAGGAUCGUCGAUGUAACCGAUUACAUUAUUUUCUUUUCUUUAUAGAAAUAAAAGUUUAAACAUUUUAGUUCAUGUUAACGUAUAGCUAUCAGCGCCCGCGUUCACCGCAUAAUAAAACAAAACGUAUUUCACUCAUCAGAGGACGAGAGUCAGGAGAGCUGUCCGACCACACGAUGGCGGAGGACGUCAAAUGUUUCUCUUCUGGGACACGUUCAUGCUCCUGUGCAUCAUUGCAUCAAACUGAUUUCCUGUUUUCUUUUACUCCAGUCUUUAGCGUUUAAUAUUGUGCAUUGUGUUUUACAAGAAACAACGCAGAGUUUAAAUAAAGCUUUCUCCUCUGUGGCCUAAAUCCACAAGCAGACUGUUUAACUUAAGAGGGAAGUAUGAUGUGCAGUGGGUAAACAUCUCUUUAUACAUUUAAUAAAAAGGUUUUAAAGUCUGUGUUGAUGCCGCUGCCAUAAUGUAAACACGCCGGAUCUACUUUAGGAAAAUGUGUAAAUCUUUCUUCCUGAACCUCAUAUUUUACAUGUUUUGCAACAGAAUCAUUCGUUACAAACUGAAUUCUCUGAAAGCAGUGAGAUUUAUAUGUCAAAAUAAAGCUGUUGUGGAAAAACAUUUUGUAUUAAAAUAAUAGAAUCAACCGAAUGUCGCAGUUUUAGUUAUCGACUCAUUCAAUCCCACAUUUCUGCCGUAAAUACUCAGGAGAGCUGCGGGUUCUUUUU